AGACCAACGCUCUAACCAGCUGAGCCACAAAGACUGGAUUAGGUAUCUGGAUCCGGAUUACACCGGAUUACACCGAGGUACCCUUUAGGAUCAAGCCAUUGAGGCUUGGGAUUGAUUUGAAGAGUUUCCAAUAGACUCUUAAGUAUUCGACUAUUUUCGAAAAUAAAUUGAAGAGAAACUUCAAAGCGAAUUUCGAAAAUUUUAUCUUAUCGUUAUUACCUAAUGUUAAUAUUGUUUUACUGCAUUUGAAACUUGGGAUAUGUGCAUUGAACCAAGAACACUCACGUCAUUUUUUUCUAAACCCCUCCAUAGAGCUGCGCAACCCCUCCAACGUUACACUACGGUUUAUUCUGUCGCAAAAUUCUCAGCACCUAAGAUACGAACUUUUUUUUUCAGCUCAUAGAAAAUACACGGUUGGAUUUGAGAGCUACCUCAUAAUAUAACUACCUAACCUGUCUAGGUACCUAUACACUAUACAUCUCAGUAUAUUACUAAAAUGCCUACGGAAUUAGAGGAGUUGGUCGGCUUCAUCGCCAAUCCUAGGCCUGAGAUUCGCGGUCUUGCGAUGGAGCAUCUAGUUCCCUAUUCGACGUCACAGCCCAGUAUCUUCAAGGCCGAUAAUCUCCAGCCUGUAAAAAAUUUGAAGCUUUUAAUAAAGGAUCAUCCGAGAAUUGCCGAGCAUGUUAUAACCAUUCUCAUCAAUCUUGCGGCCGAUCGAGAAAUUCUCGAAAGCUUAGGCACGGACGAAAAAUUCUUGGACGAGGUCCUUAGACAGAUUAUUAUUCCAACCGAACCAAACGCAAACCUCCUUUCUAUGCUUUUGGCAAACCUUGCAAAAUGGGACUCUAUAAAGAGAGUCUUAACUAAGAAGCAGCCAUCGCCGGCUGAGCUUGGAUCAAAUGAGCUUAUUUUGAACCAGCUAGUCGAUUUAUUCGUCAAAGGCGCAGACGGGUCGUACAACAAGAACGCAGACUUCGAUCAUCUAGCUUACCUCUUCGCUGACCUAACGAAACAUGCCGAGAUACGGCAGUAUUUCGUGCAGAAGCAAGAUUACGAUGGGGUAAUACCCAUCACGAAACUGAAGGUUUUCACCGAGUAUAAGUCGAACGUUAGGCGGAAGGGAGUCGCUUCCACCCUGAAAAACGUUGCUUUUGACGUGCCUUCACACCCACUGUUCCUAUCGGAGGACGAUAUCGAUAUCUUGCCAUAUGUCCUGUUACCUAUAAUGGGGAACGAGGAGUACGACGAGGAGGAAAUGAUGUCAAUGCUUCCUGACCUUCAGCUUCUCCCCCCUGAUAAGCAGCGUGAUAGUGAUCCGAACAUCAUCCAAACGCAUGUGGAGACACUACUACUUCUGUCGAGCACUAGGGAAGGCAGAGACCACAUGCGUAAUGUUAAGGUGUAUCCGAUCAUUCGAGAAACACAUUUGCGUGUUGAUGAUGAAGGCGUUAGAGAUGCCUGCGAGCGAUUAGUUCAGGUUCUGAUGCGGGAUGAAGCAGAGCCAGGUACAGAUGAUCGCAUUAAGGAAAUCGGUGACGAUGACGAUGACGACCAAAUUGUCGAGGUGUAGGUCACAGAGGAUAUGUGAACUUACCGAUGUACCAUUGGCAAAUCUGCUCCGCGUCUGCUGAGAAUUAUCAGGGUCUAGGGAGAGCUAUUCGAGCUGUUUGGCUACACCCAUCAAAGUGGCCACUAACCUAGUGAUCUUCCUCAAAGCAAC